ACACGCGACACGCUUGUGUUGUUUGUACACGUCCGUGAAAAUCGAACCGAGCGUCUCCUUAUCGGUGUAUGUCUAUGUGUCAGUUUCUCGCCGCCACGUUCUUAUAUUUACAAUGAACGCGUGGAUGCAGUACUUUAAAUCCAUCCCGACGCAUAUGGAUUAUGAUGGCCAAGCCAGAGCAGAAAAAUUAUCGCGAGUUAUAAUAACAUUAUUUGGUGUGGUUGGCUUAAUCUGGGGUUAUGUUAUUCAACAGUUCUCACAGACAAUUUAUAUAUUGGGUGCUGGCUUUGUUAUGGCGGCAUUAAUCACUGUACCUCCGUGGCCUAUGUAUCGCCGCAAACCAUUGGAAUGGCAAAAGUCGCAGUCUGAAGUUACCACUAAACUCAAAAAGAAGAAGUAAUCGCAGAAUAUUUAUGUGAUAUUUUAAGCAAAGUUUAAUAUAACCAAGCAUUGUGCAAUCUUGUUUACAAUAAUGUAAAUUUGGUUGCUGAAAAUGGAGAUCUAUACAUACCACUGAGCAUUUGUCGUUAUGCAAUUAUGAGAUAUGAAGAUAUGUCUUAAUGCAUAAAUGUGAGUGUAUAUCGGAACAAGUGUGAGAGACUUUAGAUCUUUUUGUAAGAUUUAACACACACAAAUAUUAUCUGUACUGUUUGUUGACUAUAAAUGUCAAUCAUACAAAUAAAAAAACAUACAUUUUAUUUACA